AAUCAAGGGGGACGGGGCUAGAUGGACCUCCGCUUGGGCGCGCGAAGAUGACAUCACUCGGCGCGUGCCCGGGUAGCCCGUGGUAGCACCCAGUCUGAGGAAGUGGAGACCCGCGGGCAGGCGGCUGAGACAGGGGAUGAAAGUUGUGGAACCCCAGUUUGUGACAUCAGGUGUUUUUUGGAAAGCAGCCAUUUGUGACUCUGGAAGACUGGGACUAAUAGGAAGCCCCUUCUGAGAUUUUACCAAAAUUCUUGAACAGUACUACCAUGGACAUAAAGCUGGAUCCCUCUCGAGAUGACCUGCCUCUCAUGGCCAACACCAGCCACAUACUUGUGAAACACUAUGUACUGGAUUUAGAUGUGGAUUUUGAAAGUCAAGUCAUUGAAGGCACCAUAGUGCUUUUCCUCGAGUCUGGAAACAGAUUCAAGAAACGGAGUAGUUCCACCAAGGUAGCCUGCCCAUCAGAGUCAAACGAAGCCUGCAAAUUUAGGAUGCCUGAACCCUGCCAGAUUCCUGUGACAAAUACAAAGACCUUCUCAUCUAAAAUAGGAUAUAAUGAUUUUGUAAUCUGUGGUAAAGGUGAAAAAGAUACUUCUGGUAAAGAUGGUAACCAUGACAACCAGGAACAGGCUUCUGGGAUUUCUAGCUCAAAGUACUGCUGUGACACAGGGAAUCAUGGGAGUGAGGAAUUUUUGCUAGUGUUGGACUGCUGUGAUUUAUCUGUGUUAAAGGUUGAGGAGGUGGAUGUUGCUGCUGUGCCAGGUAUUGAAAAAUUUACAAGGUCUCCCAAGCUCAGGAAUCAGAUUGUACAUGAACUCAUGGCUCUGCCUACAGAUCGUUGGAGGGAGCAGUUAGACUAUUACGCUCGCUGCAGCCAGGCUCCUGGCUGUGGGGAACUCCUAUUUGACACUGACACUUGGAGCUUACAGAUCAGGAAGACAGGGGCUCAGACAGCUACUGACUUUCCUCAUGCCAUAAGGAUACGAUACAGAACCAAACCCCAGGGGCGAUCAGUUACAUGGACCUCAGACCAGAGUGGCAGGCCAUGUGUUUAUACUGUGGGAUCUCCCAUAAACAACAGGGCCCUUUUUCCAUGCCAGGAGCCACCCGUUGCCAUGUCAACAUGGCAGGCUACAGUUCGAGCAGCUGCAUCCUUUGUUGUUUUAAUGAGCGGGGAGAAUUCUGCAAAGCCAACACAGCUUCAGGAAGGCUACUCAAGUUGGCAUUACUACGUCACCAUGCCAAUGCCAGCCUCCACCUUCACAAUUGCAGUGGGAUCCUGGACAGAAAUGAAGCCGGAGACCUGCUCAUCAAAUGAUGUGGCAACAGAGAGAUCCUUCUCACCUUCUGAAGCUCACUUCAGGUAUAUUGGCGUUUGUGGUCACAUGGAAUACCCCUGCCGCUUCCAGAAGUCUUCUGCCAGCACCCAGAAGAUCAUUCCUCAUCGGGUCUUUGCUCCAGCGUGCCUGAAGGGUGCCUGCCAGGAGACCCUUCUGCCGCUAAUCCCUCCUUGCCUCUCUGCAGCACACUCUGUCCUGGGAACACACCCAUUCUCCAGGCUGGAUAUACUCAUUGUCCCUGCCAACUUUUCAAGUCUAGGGAUGGCCAGCCCACACAUCGUCUUCCUCUCUCAGAGCACCUUGACUGGAAUGAGCCAGCUCUGUGGGACCCGUCUCUGCCAUGAAAUUGCUCACGCCUGGUUUGGCCUGGCGAUUGGGGCUCGAGACUGGACGGAGGAGUGGCUGAGUGAAGGGUUCGCCACUCACUUGGAAGAUGUAUUCUGGGCCAAGGCACAGCAGCAGCUGGCCCCCCACGAGGCCCAGGAGCAGCAGGAGCUGAGGGCUUGCCUGCGCUGGCGUCGCCUCCAGGACGAGGUGCAGAACUCCCCGGAGGAAAUGCAGGUGUUGAGACCCAAUAAAGAAAAAACUGGCCACGUGAGUGACUCAGGAUCGUCUAUCAUCAGACAUGGGCUUAAUCCGGAGAAGGUCUUCAUGCAGGUUCAUUACUUAAAGGGCUAUUUCCUUCUCCGGUUCCUUGCCAAAAGACUUGGAGAGGACACCUAUUUUUCAUUUUUAAGGAAGUUUGUGCACACUUUCCAUGGGCAGCUGAUUCUUUCUCAGGAUUUCCUUCAAAUGCUCUUGGAGAACAUCCCAGAAGAAAAAAGGCCGGAGCUGUCUGUUGGAAACAUCUUCCGAGACUGGCUGGAGAGUUCUGGAAUUCCACAGCCGCUGCAGAGGGAGCGCCAGGCCCUGGCGGAGUGCGGGCUCGCGCAGCAAGUGAGCGCCGAGGUCGCGAAAUGGGUCCGAGUGAACCGGAGACCCCGAAAACGGAAACGAAAGGACAGAGAAGAAGUGUUUGAGAAGCUUCUUCCAGACCAACUGGUCUUGCUUCUGGAGCAUCUGUUGGAGCAGAAGACUGUGACUCCACGAACUCUGCAGAGCCUUGAGAGGAUAUACCGCCUCUCGGAGCAGGAUGCCGAGGUUCGCCAUCGCUGGUGUGAACUCAUUGUUAAGCACAAAUACACAAAAGCGUACAGAGACGUGGAGAGGUUCCUUCAGGAGGAUCAGGCCAUGGGCAUCUACCUCUACGGGGAGCUGAUGCUGAGUGAGGAUCCACGGCAGCAGCAUCUCGCCCGCAGGUGCUUUGAGCUGAGCAGGGAGCAGAUGGACAGAUCCUCAGCCGAGGUGGUGGCUGAGAUGUUAUUUUAAAGAGGAAAGAUCACAGCGAGAAUCUUUUUUAUGCAUCUGCUCGUAGCCCUGGUGGGCCCAGGCUUGCAUGGACCCUGGACAUCAAAGGAAGAGCAAUGGGGCUGCUGAAGCCGGCAGUCAGUGGCCGCCCGCGCCUUGUGGGGUGACCUCCCCAAAGGGCCUCACCGCAGAGCUGGUGUCAAGAGGCGCACCCUCAUCAGCAGUCUCCAUGGGGCUGUCUGAUGCCUUCGUGCCCAUCCUGGAUGAACCACCUCAAGAUCCUGAAUGUUAAUUGAGUCUCCCCUUUGAGUUCAAAUCAGUUCUCCCAUCCAAACACAGAAGGUCCCUGAGGCACAUGGGAAAACCCACUGCACCUCCUCCACCCAUCCCUCAGCGUGUGGAUCUGCAUUUCUGCACUCCCAGAAAGCCAGAGCUUGUCUGCUAGGCCCAAGGAGCUGCUGCUGCCCACCUCCGCAGAAUUACAUUGAUUGAUCUGUCCAUUAUUUAGAUUUUCCAAAGUUUUAGUAACUUGGUAGAAGUGCAGGAUAAGAUUCUUUAAGAUUUGUUGAUAAUGUAAUGGAUUCAUGGUUUGUUUUUUUUUUCUUUCUGUUUACUUCUGAAUUUAAUACUUAAAAAAAAGAGAGAAAAGGGUGUAGUGUCCACAUUCCUGUCUCCUUCUUUUCUUACCUCCAUGGUUCCUCUAGUGUUCAAAGUGGUGCUGAUGUUCUGGGGGAGGGGGCGUGUGCCUCCUGCACGUGGUAAAGGCGCCGUCGGGCACAUGGGAGCCUGUGGUGAUGGUGCUUCUCUUUCCCACAAAUGUUUGAAGUUAAGAAUAGAAACUAAGCUUCCCGGGAUUGCCCAAAGGGCAGGGUGGCCUGAAAACACCUCGGAAGCCACACUGGUUGGUCAGGCACGUGAUGGAUGGCGUGAGGCUCAGCUGAGCGGGAGUGGACCCACCCACCUGCGCCGGUGGCGCCGCGAGCCAGCCUGGGGGUGAUGGGCAGCUCAGCAUAGCCCUUCCUUAGAAGCUCCUGACCUCAGAAUUAUGUAACAGUGACUUACCAUUUUAGAAAGUCUCCUGGGGGUUGCUUCUUUGCUCUUACAUGUGCUUUGCAGGUGUUGCUUCUGUGUGCUUUGUUUACCACGUUGCUAUAAUAAAAAUCUGAUUUUUGAA